AUGAAAGCUGUAAUACAACGUGUCACCUUAGCGAAAGUGAUGGUUGGGGACGAAGUGGUAAGCUCUAUCGGCCGUGGACUUUGCGUGCUGGUAGGCAUUUCCUCCGAAGAUAAUGCAAAUGAUGUGGAGUGGAUCGCGCGGAAAUUACUUAAUCUUCGGCUGUUCGAUGAGCCAACCAGUGGGAAAAGAUGGACAGAAUCGGUCGUAGAUCAACAGUUGGAAAUACUGUGCGUCAGUCAGUUCACACUGUACCAUCGGUUGAAGGGAAACCGACCGGAUUUCAGCCGUGCCAUGCAGGGACCGGAAGCCCAGCAGCUGUACGGAUCGUUGUUAAAGCAGCUGCGCGAUCAGUACUCUGCGGAGCGAAUCCGGGAUGGUCGGUUUGGGGCGAUGAUGCAGGUCCACAUCCAAAACGACGGACCAGUUACGCUGGAAAUCGAAUCACCCGAACAAUGCGAGCAAGAGCGCCAAAAGCUGCAACGAUCGAUGGAGCAUAAAGCGAGAUCGGCUGGAAAAAACGCCAACAAAGUAACGGAAAGCGCUGAAGCGACAGAGAACAAACCUACCAAAGCAGAAUAA